GUUGCUACUUGGCUUGCAUAUAUGCAUAAGCUCUCAGCAAAAGUGAAUACUAUCCACUCUGUGUACACAUAUAAAGCAUAUACACGCCGUGUAUUUGCAAACUUACACACGUUAGCGUCAGCUCUUGUACACACCUCUCAUAUACACUUAUAAGCAAUCAGCAAAGAGGUCGUACUCAUACUCACGCGCGUAGAUUUUAUAUAAAGGCGAGCGUUUAAUUACAUACAUACACGCAUUCAUUCUCAGGUACCACCGUACGUGCUCGUUCACAUACACACACAAACCAAAUAUACAUCGACAUCCACGUUGACAAAAUGGAGAACUUCGAGAUCACCGACUAUGACAUCGACAACGAAUUCAACACCCAACGCAGGCGUAAACGCCCGCGUAAGGAAGAGCAGAUAUAUGGUAUCUGGGCUGAGGAAUCGGGAUCGGACGACGGGAAUGGUCCCGAAAAUGAGGCAAACGCACACCCUGGAUUGGGGCUGAAAAGGGGUCAAAGUGGUGCGACUGAUGUUACGUUUGUGGGGGAAAGUAAUGAUAAAGCUGGUAAGAAAGUAGUGGAGACUAAUACCUUUGGCGACAGGGUGUUGUAUGGCGAGGACGAGAGCGGGGAUGUGAAGAUGGCAGACGUUAUUCCGUCAGGUGUGGGAAUAGGCUUUGGGGGUGGGAGCUGGAAUGCCAGCGGUAGCAACGUGCCCGCGCAGUUGCCUUUUAAAGUAUCGAGCGAUCCAUUCCAGACAGAUACAAGCAAGAACGUGUUCGGUAAGAAGACACUACGCGCACAACAGGAACGGACACAAGCUGUGGGCAAUGGGAGUGAAGGUGGUGGCACUGGCACAGGGGCCUCAGCGCAGAAAGCUGACGCUGGCGCAGCGGACAUACUCCGCAAGCCCAAGCGCGUUGACCAGGAUUUCGGCAACUGGGAGAGGCACACCAAAGGUAUCGGAGCCAAACUGCUCGAGAAAAUGGGCUGGAGCAAGGGCAUGGGUGUAGGUAAAAGUAAGGAAGGAAUAGUCAACCCGGUGGAGGCAGCUAUCCGUUUGGCGAAGAAAGGCGGUGUGGGAUUUGGCGGGGAUGAACGUACAAAACAAGCGAGGGAAGAGCGUGAGGAGAGCGAUGCGGCGAAGGGUGUGAUAGAUGAGGAAGCCGAAAUGCGAUCACAACUCAGACUGUGGAAGAAAGGUAUUGAUCCCAAAAGCGUACAGAUGCAUGAAAGAGAGGCACGGUUGAGAAAUAAGAAGCCAAAGGCCCAGUACGCAUUCUCUGGAGUUUCAAGAAUUGGACAGAACCAGGCCGCUGCGGCGCGGCCCACGAGCAAAGUGAUCGAUAUGACUGGCAGACAAACCAAAGUACACGCCAACUACCAGGAGGCAAUGCUCAGAAGCACCGGAGGUCCCAGGAAACCAGAGCUAAAGGAUGGUCAAGAAUCCGAAGGGCAGUCUCUGGGAGCCUUCUCCGCCAACUACGGAUCGGGGGUGACAGGGUUAGAUGCAGCACUACCCGAGUUACAGCACAACGUACAGUUACUUUGUGACUUUGCAGAGGGUGAGGUACAGUCCACCGCACAGGAGAUGGAAGGUGUGGAAGAUAACAAGAUGCUUCUGGCUAACGAGGCCAAGAAGCUAGAGAAGACGGUCGCCACGCAGAAAGCACAACUGGAGUCGCUUGAAUCAAUCCUUGCCACCAUGCGGGAUGUCCAGCGAAGGCAGAACCAUGAAAGUGAAGCCCCUCUGGACAUUGAUGAGGCAAAGGACAUGUUCAUGCACAUCCAGUCACAGCACAACGAAGCAUUUGAAUUGUACCAACUGGCUUACUUGGCAGUGGGUAUUGUGUUCCCACUGGUAGAGGCACACCUAAAAGAAUGGGUGCCGCUCCGAACUCCAAGGUACGGUGUGGAUCUGUUCCGCCUGUGGAAAGACGUGCUGACGGAUCGCUCAAACGAAAAUGACAAUCAUAAGGUAGCAACUGCGGACAGAGAAAUGGAUGUGUACGAACGUUUGCUGUGGUUAAUCUGGAUGCCGCAUAUCCGCCGAGGUUUGAUGUAUUGGGAUCCUGUUGAACAGAGCUAUACAGCGCUGACAUUAGUGGAAACAUGGAAGCCUGUAUUACCUGAUUGGGUGUACUAUAACAUCAUUGAGCAGCUGAUUUACCCAAAGAUCAACAAAUGUGUCGCUGAGUGGAAUCCACAGACGGAUCGGGUCCCGAUACACACUUGGCUGUUUUCGUGGUUGCCUCAUUUGGGUGCGCAGAGGUGUGCGGUACAAUUCCCGAUUCUGCGACAGAAGAUCAUGGCUGCGUUAAUGAGCUGGAAUGCCACAGACCCUUCUGCGCACGCUAUACUGCAGGAGUGGAAGAACGUGCUGCCAGCAGAGGACAUGAACAUCAUACUCUCCAAUGCAAUCUUACCCAAACUCAAUUACCGUAUGAGGAGCUUCGUGGUCAAUCCACAGCACCAGGUAACUCGGUGGUAUCUUGGUUGGAAGGGCCUAUUUCCUCCAGAGCUGGCUGCACACGCACCCAUGCAAGUACAGUUUAAAUGCGCUUUAGAUCUUAUGAACCAGGCCGUCUCUUUCCCUGGCAGGCCGACGAAUUUUACGGGCCCACCACCUAUGCAUGCUAACGCACACUUUAUGGAGCUGGAACGACAACAGAAGGCCUCGGCUUACCUAUUACGGCAAAAGCAAAAGGAAAAAUUACACGCAGAAACGGCUACCACCACAUUCAAGGAUCUCGUACAGCAAGCGGCCGAAAAGGCUGGUUUGAUUUUCCAACCCAAAAUGCCAAAACGUUUAGAAAAGGGCAAUGUUGUGUAUACUUUGGGCUCACGUACGGUGUAUAUGGAUCGUAAUGUGGUGUUUGUGCUAGAGGUGACUGGGCUGUGGACACCGACGUCACUGGAUACAUUGAUCAGAGAUGAAGGCAAUAGGUAGCGCGAUAUAGUCUAUUUAGGAAUUAGGUCUGAGGGUAUUAAAAUUAGACACCUGAACCCGA